AUGCUGUACACUAAGAAGUUAGACGACUCAUCGGAAGAACCAUCGGACCACUCUUGGUUCAAGUGCCCAGAGCUCUUCGUCCCUCAGUGGGUGAUGGGAUACGCCAUAGAGACCCAAUGCGUAUCGCGCUGGUCUUGGAUACAGCAUGAACAACUCGAAACAUGGCAGCACGGAAAGGACUCGAGCUUCCAGAUCCUUUCUAUCGACGUCGCAGACGUUGUAGUGCACGAUAAUAAAGUGCAUAGCUUCCAGAUUGGCAUCUCUAUCCUUGAUACUGACCGUCUUGGAGAUGCGUUGGCCAAGCCUCCCAAACCUAAUGUCAACCUAGCAGCCAGCGUCGUGCAGUCUCAUCAUUGGGUAGUUGGGGAUGAAGAAUACUCUCCCGAGUUUGAGGAUAUGUUCCGGUUCGGAAGAAUGAAGUACGUUCCGAUGGAUGCCUUCGAGAAGGAGAUCACCGAUAUCGUCAAGAACAACAGUUUCUACCUCAUCACCCAUGGGCGAGACGAAAGUCUCUCGUUCUUGAGAAGCUGCGGCGUGCAUCUCGAAGCCAUCGGGAAUAUCGACACUUCCCAGGCUGUGCAGGAAGUCUUCCAUGUCCCGACUGGUAAAGUGGGAAGCAAGGGCGAUUUGAUUCAGGAAAUAGGAGUCGCGUGCCAAGACCCUUACUUAGCUGGAAAUUCGGCACACUUCACUCUCCGUAUCCUUCUCAUGCUUAUCCAUGCAGACGUGGACCGACAUCCUCAUCGAGGUGGCGUCCCGAUGGAUCGGUGGUCGCUGCUUUUGCAGAGGAUUGUGAACUCAUCGCCAAAGAAGCGGAAGUUAAGACCGAGGAGGUCAUGUCCCCAUAGAGACUUCAGAACAGAGUUAUAA